UUGACAUUACGCUAACAUCAAUUUCUUUAAUAUUGAAACUUCGUUAUUUUUGUCUCAUUUUAGUUCAAUAAUUUACACAACAUGGUUUUGUUUUCUAAGAAAAAUGCCCUCGCUGAAGAUGAACAGUUCGAUUUACCAAUACGCGAUCCAACUGGAAAAGAUUACGAAUCGGAUGAAGUGUUGCUUAUGUUAGCGUAUACAAAACACGACAUGAUGGCCUCAUUGAAACGAAGUCGAAUCAAAUUUUUCUUAGAGAGUCUUCAAAAGAGUGGUUUAGUAAUCGAUAGCGUUCAAUCUUUAACUCACCGAAGUUUGGUUUUUGUUAAAAUCACCGGUGAUCAAGAAGUCCUACGAAAAUAUGCCCCAAGUUUGGGUAUACCUUUACAUUGUGAGAAUCCGUUUUUUCAAGAGACCGAUGAAAGAGAAGGUUAUAUGAGAAAAGUUUUGACAAGUUCGCAUAAAAAUUUAGGAAACGCUAAAGUUUCUCGAAGUAUGGGGAACAUAAAAAAUCGGGAUAUAACGGUUUCAGAAAAAAUUCAAAUUAUGUAUCAAAUAUUAAAAUUUGCAAAGUAUGGUUUUGACGAUGAUGAUGUUGGAAUAAAUCGUUUAUUAAGUCAAGGAACGCUUCAAACAAUAUAUCCAACCCACGAGCGAAGUUAUCACACUCUCGAUGCGAAAGGAGUCACCGAUAUUUUCCUUUUAAAAACGUUUUGGGGAUCGUGGAGUUACAUCUUUUCUGGACAACCCACGUUUUUAAUUCAAAAUUAUUACGGCGCUGAAGUUGGAUUUUACUUCGCCUAUUUAAAUCAUUUUGCUAAAAUGUUAAUUCCGGCCUCUUGCCUUGGAAUUGCAACGUUUCUUUUUGGAAUUAUUAGCAUGUACACCUCGAAUAAUUUCAAAUCCGAGGAAGUUUGCAAUAGCGAUAUGGUUUUGUGUCCGACUUGCGUUCAUGAUGUUUGCAAUUAUACUUCAUUAAAAUACUCUUGUCACGUUGCAAAUUUUAAUCACAUGAUUGAUAAUCAAACGACGGUUGUUUAUGGAAUUUUGAUUUCGAUUUGGAGUACCGUUUCUUUUGAAAUGUGGAAGAGGCAACAAUCUUCUUUGGCUUAUCAAUGGAACGUUUAUUCGGCUCACGUUAAUACGAGCGUAAGGCCCCAAUACGAAACUUCAGCAACUUUAAGGAAAUUAUCGCCGAUUACAGGGGAAUGGGAGCCUUAUGAAGAUACAGCUGUUCAUAUUUGCCACUCUUUUUUAAGCAUUUUGGCUCUGGCAGCAAUGGGGGGGAUUUCAAUUUUAGGAAUCGUUAUUGUAACAAUAAAAUUUAACGACUCAGUCGUUUCGUUAACAUUAGCCCAAAGUCAAUUUGAUUCUUCAAAUAAAUAUCACGUGAUAGGAGCUAAAACAACAUCGUCACUCCUUAGUGUUCUACUAAUGAUUAUUUUUGACUUUGUUUACAAAUACAUAGCGGUUUGGUUGGUUAGAUUUGAAAAUCCAAGAACCGAACAAGAAUACGAUAACUCAUAUAUUUUGAAAAUUUAUUUUUUGACUUUCGUCAACAGCUUCGGUGUCGCUGUUUACAUUGCGUUUGUUAAGCAUCGUUAUGCAUAUUAUCCGGGCCAUGAAAGUGAAGAUUAUCAUGCUUCGGGGCGUUGCGAUCCCACCGGAUGUGCGGAACACCUUUGCAUUCAUAUUUUUGUGGUUUUACUCACAAAAUGUGUACUUAAAGAUUUAGUCAAUUUUUUGGUGACCUAUAUCAGGGUAAUUGUUAGAAAAUACAAAAUGAUUCAUGAUUAUAACGGUGAAUUACCACCGUAUGAACAAGAAUAUUACUUAAAGAAGACGUCAAGAUUUUUUUUAAUUAAUGAAUACAAAGAAAUUGCGAUCCAAUAUGGAUAUAUAACGUUCUUUUCAUCUGCGCAACCUUUAGCGCCAUUAAUUGUCCUUUUGCAUACAUUGGUGGAGAUUAGGAACAACGCAGUGCAACUUUUAAGAAACUAUAGAAGACCAAUUCCGAUUUGUGUGAACGGAAUCGGCGCUUGGAUGCAAGUUUUUAUGGCAAUGACUCAUUUGGGAGUAGUUACAAACGCCAUUGUUAUUGGAUGGACAAUGACAUUUGUUCCAACAGCAAUUUACACUCACUCGGACACACAUCUCCCAUAUUACGAAAAUAGAUUCUCUAUAUUCAACACGAGCGACUACCCAUCAUCAAUCCCAUCUUCCAUCAAGAACAUUCCGAACCAACCUCAAACGUGUAGAUACCCAUCUUUGAGGUAUCCACCAGAUGACCCGGAUAAAUACAUACUUAGCGGCGCUUUUUGGCACGAAAUUACAUGGGUUAUGGCCUUUAUUAUUAUAUUUGAGCAUGUUGUUCUUGCCAUAACAAGUAUUAUAGCCUAUAGUAUCCCGGAUAUUCCCGUGUCUAUACAACAGAUGAUGGAACAUGAAAAUUUGAAAUUGGUUAAAGAGAAUUAUAAGAAAAUUGGCGAUGAAGGAGGAGAUUGAUUAUAAUUGGGUUUAUACAUUAUCUUUUUAAAGAAAUAGAUAAAAAGCGUAGUCCUUUAUAUUGGAUAGUUUUAAGACGAUAUAAAUGUAGUAAAAAUCAAAAAUAAAAAAAAUAAUAAAA